AAUCGCAGACUGGGCGGGGGGCAGGGGUCGCGGCCAGGGAUCGCGACCGCGAUAGAGGGGCUCGACAGACCCGCACCCCCCGCCCCACUGCCACCAUGUCAGCCAAAACUGCCAUGACGACAGAGGACGGUCAGGAGCUGAAGCUCCACGCACGCAUCCUGACCCCGGUGUGCCCCCAGAGCAUCGGGGCACGGGUGGCCAACCUGCCCCUGGUGAGCUCAGCCUACGGCAUGGUCUCCACUGCCUACGCCUCCACCAAGGAUUGCCACCCCUACGUCAAGUCCGUCUGCGACGCCGCCGAGAAGGGGGUGAAGACGCUGACGGCAGCGGCGGUCAGCGGCGCCCAGCCCCUGCUCACCAAGCUGGAGCCCCAGAUUUCCACUGCCAACGACUAUGCCUGCAAGGGGCUGGAUAAGCUGGAGGAGAAGCUGCCCAUCCUGCAGCACCCCCCGGAGAAGGUGGUGGCAGGGACCAGGGAGCUGGUGUCGUCCACGGUGAGGGGUGCCGUGGGCUUGGCCCGCGGCGCGGUGCGGGGCGGCAUGGAGAGGACACGCUUGGCACUGGGCACCGGCGUCAGCACCGUGGUGGGUUCCCGUGUGGGGCAGCUGCUGGCCGCAGGAGUGGGUGUGGUGCUGGACAAAUCAGAGGCACUGGUGGACAGGUACCUGCCUGGCAUGGAUGAGGAGCCAGCAGCGGUGGCAGGCGUGGAGGUGGCCGUGCCAGAGCGGCCGAGACGCCGGCAGAGCUGCUUCGUCCGCGUGGGCACACUCUCGGCCAAGCUGCGGCACCGAGCCCUGCGGCGCCCGCUGGGUGAGCUGCAGCGGGCACGGCACAGUGCCCUGCGGGUCUUGCACCAGCUCCACCAUGUCAUCGAGCUGAUCGAGCAGGGGCAGCAGAGCACAGGGAGGCCCCUGAAUGGCACCCAGCAGCAUCUCCACCGCAUGUGGCAGGAGUGGAGCCAGCAGGACGCUGUGCCCAUGGAGGAGAGUGAGGUGGAACCACGGACCCUGGCCAUGCUCCGCGGGCUGCUGCACCAGCUCCAUGCCGCCUGCACCCGCCUGGUCUCCAGCGCCCGGGGUUUGCCCAGCAGCGUGCAGGAGACAGCAGGGCAGGUCCAGCAUGGCGUGGAGAACGUGCAGGCCACCCUCGCCCAGGUGCACUCCUUCCAAGAGCUGUCAGGCUUGGUGCUGGCACAGAGCCGGGAGACGAUGACGCGGGCACAGUCCAACAUCGACGAGCUGCUGGAGUACGUGGGGCAGCACACCCCCGUGCCCUGGCUGGUGGGACCCUUCGCCCCUGCCCUGGUGGAGUAUCCAGAGGAUGUCCCCGUGGAGAUGGCCAAGUGGGAGGGCUGUGUCACCGUGGAGGGGACGCACCACCUGCCAGCUGCCCCGCGGUGCUACAUCCUGGGGGCACCACCGCAGCACCAUCCCGAGGAUCCAGUCUCGGGGCGGGAGGGGUCCCGGUCCGGUGGGGACCAGCGCAGUUCGGUCCCUGAGAGGGGGAUCCAGCCGUGGGGCGUCCGGAGCAGCUCAGCCCCGGCAGAUUCCGGUCCCAGGCUCCCGGAGGUGAAAGCCUCGUCCUGGGGAGGGACUAACUUGGGCUUUCCCUGUCGCGGGGGCUGGGAAGUUCCGACCCAACUCACGGCUCCGUGUCCGCCGCCCAGCGCCGCCAUGGCCACCAGCGAGACCGGGACGGUGCCGCCCAAGGCUGAGGAGCAGCAGAGCAUCGGGGCACGGGUGGCCAACCUGCCCCUGGUGAGCUCAGCCUACGGCAUGGUCUCCACUGCCUACGCCUCCACCAAGGAUUGCCACCCCUACGUCAAGUCCGUCUGCGACGCCGCCGAGAAGGGGGUGAAGACGCUGACGGCAGCGGCGGUCAGCGGCGCCCAGCCCCUGCUCACCAAGCUGGAGCCCCAGAUUUCCACUGCCAACGAAUAUGCCUGCAAGGGGCUGGAUAAGCUGGAGGAGAAGCUGCCCAUCCUGCAGCAACCCCCGGAGAAGCUCAUCUCUGACACCAAGCAGCUGGUGACCUCCACGGUGACUGGGGCCAAGGAUGUCCUGACCAGCACCGUGGCCGGGGCCAAGGACGCGGUGACCAGCGGGGUGACUGGCGUGGUGGGCAUGACCAAGGGGGCUGUGCAGGGCAGCGUGGAGCUGACCAAGUCAGCUGUGAGCAGUGGAGUCAACACUGUCAUGGGCAGCACCGUGGGCCAGAUGGUGGUGAGUGGGAUGGGCUCUAUGCUGGAGAAGUCUGAGGAGCUGGUGGACCAUUACCUGCCCAUGACAGAUGAGGAAUUGGCCAAGCUGGCCACGGCUGUGGAGGGCUUUGAACCGGAGCAGCAGAGGCAGCAGCAGAGCUACUUCGUGCGCCUGGGCUCCCUCUCCAGCAAGCUGCGGCACAGAGCCCUGCAGCACUCGCUGGCCAAGCUGCAGAGCGCUCGCCACAGCAGCCAGGACCUGCUGGCACAGCUCCAGCGCACCCUCGAUCUGGUGGAGCACCUGAAGCAGGGCAUGGACCAGAAGCUUCAGGGAGGGCAAGAGAAGCUGCAGCAGAUGUGGCUGGAGUGGAGCAAGAAGCAGCCAGGUGGUGGCAAGGACCUGGUGCCACCAGAGACAGUGGAGUCGGGCACCUUGGCCAUGCUGCAGGGCUUGACACAGCAGCUCCAGAGCUCCUGCCAGCCCUUGGUGUCCAGCCUGCAGGGCCUCCCUGCCAGCAUCCAGGACAAGGCAGGGCAGGUCCGGCAGAACGUGGAGGCGCUUCGCAGCUCCCUCUCCUCUGCCGCCUCGCUGCAGGACGUGACCGCCGGCGUGCUGGCACAGGCCCGUGCCCAUGCCACCAAAGCUCGCCAGCUGAUGGAUGAGCUGGUGGAGCACGUGGCCCACAACACCCCCCUGACCUGGCUGGUGGGACCCUUUGCCCCCUCGGGCCAGCGCCUGGUGGAGCUGGAGAUGCAGUAGCAUCUUCUAGGGUUGGGGGAUGUUGGUACCCCCCAGCAAGCUGCAGUAGGAGCAUCUACUAACCCCUGCCUGGCUCCCUUGCCUGUAACCACCGUGCCUGCCUGCGUGGGGGCACCCCUGCAGCCUCUCUCAGGUGCAGCUCUGUUCCUUGUCACCUAGGCCAGGGCUGUGCAGGAGUUUGCCUUGGUUCCCCUAAGUGCCUCCUGAGUUCAUCUCCGGCACCCAGUUGGGUUCCCUCAUGUCCCUUUUGUCCUCGGUGCCUUCCAGCCCUUGGUGGUGCAGUGCCAGGGCUGCUGGUCAAGCAAUAAACUCUGGUUAGUUUUGCA